CUCCCGUCCGGAGGCGUGCUGCCCGCCGUCGCGCUCGGGACGAUGGAGCUCAAGGGGGAGGCGCUCGCCUCCAUGCUCUCGCAGGGCUUCGCGGCGGUCGACACGGCGCCCACGUACAAGAACGAGACGGCCGUGGGGCAGGGCCUCUCCCCCGCCGCCUACCUCAUCGCGAAGGUCCCUCGUGCGGUGACUGGCGACGGGCAGGGCUCCAGCGGGGUGCGAGAGUCGCUCCGCAAGAGCUUGCAGAGGCUCGGCCGGCGCAAGGCCGACCUGGUGCUGCUGCACUGGCCCGACAAGGCGUGCGAGGACGGGAGCCUCGCGGCAGUGUGGGCCGCGCUCGAGGAGGCGCGCGAGGCGGGCGAGGCGGGCGAGAUCGGCGUCUGCAACGCGACGGCGGCGGUGCUGCGCGAGCUGCUCAAGACGUGCCGCGUCCGACCUGCGGUGAACCAGGUGGAGCGGCACCCGCUGCUGCCUCAGUGGGAGCUGCUCGACUACUGCGCCGCCGAGGGGGUCGCCGUGCAGGCGCACACGCCGCUCGGCGCGCCGGGCGGGAUGGGCAAGGCCCACCGCUCGCGGCUGCUCGACCACCCCACCGUGGCGCGCGUCGCGUCCGAGGCGGCGAUGGCACCCGCGCAGGUGCUGCUCGGCUGGAGCUUGCGGCACGGCGUCGCGGUCGCGCCAAAG